CCCCCUUCUUUCCCUCCCUCCCUCCUUCCUUCCUAUAGCCCUCUGGGCCUCCCUCCAUCGUUCCUUCCCUUUGGCCUUCUCACGGUCUCCCCAUCUACCCUUCAGUGCCUCAGUGCCCUCAGUGUACUCUGUAUCACCAUCCUUCCCUCUUGCCUCUCUCCCCUGGGCCUCCCAGGCAGGUACAAAGUGCCAUUUCGGGGGUGAAAAUGGGGGUGGAUAUUGCCUGGGCAGCUUCCUCAGAGGGUAGCAGCCACCUCUGCCCUCUCUGACCCCAGGGGCCAUCCUGGUCCCCACCCCCAAAGCAGGGUGUGUAUUGCAGGAGGGAGGGGACUUGCUGACACCCAAAGCCCUCUGUCCAUUGGCAGCCCUGCAGAGAGAGGGAGGAGGAGAGGGGGCCUGGAGGUUAUCGGCUCCAUACACAGUUAGGGGACAGGCACUUGGUGGUGGGAGUUCAGAGGCCUCCCUUAUUGACCUCUGUCCUGCCUGGGGCCACCUCCACAAAGAGGCCAAGGGGAAGGCCAAUAUUACAAAGAGCCGGCUGAGCCCCAGCCAAGGCAGUCUGGGACCUGGGAGUAACAGACAGAGGUGGGAAAGUGGAGAGAGAGGGAGAGAGGGAGGGAGCAGAGAGAGAGAGAGGGAGGGAGCAGAGAAAGGGAGGAAGGCCCGACAUGUCCCAAGAGAUGGGGGAACUCACCCAGACCCGGCUACAGAAGAUCUGGAUUCCCCACACCAGCGGCAGCCGUCUGCAGCGUCGCAGGGGCUCAUCCAUUCCCCAGUUCACCAACUCCCCAACGAUGGUGAUCAUGGUGGGGCUGCCUGCACGGGGCAAGACCUACAUCUCUACAAAGCUCACCAGGUACCUCAACUGGAUUGGGACCCCAACCAAAGUGUUCAAUUUAGGCCAGUACCGCCGAGAGGCUGUCCACUACAAGAACUAUGAGUUCUUUCGGCCAGAUAACAAAGAAGCCUUGGUCAUCCGGAAGCAGUGUGCGAUGGCGGCCCUGAAGGAUGUCCAUGAUUACCUUGGCCAUGAGGAAGGCCACGUAGCGGUUUUUGAUGCCACCAAUACUACCAGAGAAAGACGAUCACUCAUUCUGCAAUUCGCCAAGGAGCAUGGGUACAAGGUUUUCUUCAUUGAGUCCAUCUGUGAUGACCCAGACAUCAUUGCGGAGAACAUCACACAAGUCAAGCUGAGCAGCCCAGAUUACAAAGACUGUGACCGGGAGAAGGUAGUGGAAGAUUUUCUGAAGAGAAUCGAGUGCUAUGAGAUGAAUUACCAGCCCAUCGAUGAGGAGCUAGACAGCCACCUGUCCUACAUCAAGAUCUUUGACGUGGGGACCCGUUAUCUAGUGAACAGGGUUCAGGACCAUAUCCAGAGCCGCACGGUGUACUACCUGAUGAACAUCCACGUCACACCUCGUUCCAUCUACCUGUGCCGACAUGGCGAGAGUGAACUUAACCUCAAAGGCCGCAUUGGCGGGGACUCAGGCCUUUCCCCCAGGGGCAAACAGUAUGCAUACGCCUUAGCAAACUUCAUCCAGUCCCAGGACAUCAGCUCCUUGAAGGUCUGGACAAGCCACAUGAAGAGAACAAUCCAGACGGCUGAGGCCUUGCAGGUCCCUUAUGAGCAGUGGAAGGCUCUGAAUGAGAUAGAUGCUGGUGUCUGUGAAGAGAUGACCUAUGAGGAGAUCCAAGAGCAUUACCCAGAGGAAUUUGCACUUCGAGACCAGGACAAAUAUCGCUACCGCUACCCCAAGGGAGAGUCCUAUGAGGACUUGGUACAGCGUCUAGAGCCUGUGAUCAUGGAACUCGAACGGCAGGAGAACGUGCUGGUGAUCUGCCACCAGGCUGUGAUGCGUUGUCUCCUGGCCUACUUUCUGGAUAAGACUGCAGAGGAGCUACCUUAUCUCAAAUGUCCCCUGCACACAGUACUCAAACUCACCCCAGUGGCUUACGGUUGCAAAGUUGAGUCCAUUUACCUAAAUGUGGAGGCAGUGAACACCCACCGAGAGAAGCCUGAGGAACUUCCACCCUGUUCCUCUGGCCAGCCCCCCACCAACCAAACUGCCCUCCUUGGAAGACCUGAGUGAAGCCCUCCCUUCCCUGAAUGCUCAGAACGUGGAUGUCACCCGUGAACCUGAAGAAGCCCUGGAUACAGUGCCAGCUCACUACUAAACAUCUUAGGACAGGCCAGAGAGCCCCCUCCUCUUCUCAUUCCCACAGCCAGAGGCUGGCUAGGGGGUACCCUAGCAAAGGGAUCCACACCCCCCAUCCAUCUUUGCAGUCUCACAGCUGACCAGAGACCAAAGCCAGGCCCUGGUUUAGCACUUUCAUUUUGGAAACUAAGGCAGAUAGGAAAAGGAGGGUGGGGAGUGGCAGAGGAAGAGAAGCCAAUGAUGCAAAGGAAUAGGGAAGCUCUAGCCAGUAACCCAGUAAGGCAGUUCCCAAUCAGGCCCUUACCUAGGCCAUGUGGUAGCCAGCACCCAGAAUUCCAUCUAAGGCACCCCCACCAGUUCACAUACUGAAACCAAAGGAGUUGAUCCACCCCUCCAUGUGGACUUACCCUUCAACACAAUAAAAUCACCAAGUUCUCUCUG